GUGCUUGCAUUAACCUGGCGUCCUGUGAAUCGCGACGCGCGCCGAGCUGGGCUUCAGCCGCUGUGAUCGCAACGCACCCCCGAAAAUGACCGACAAUCCACCAUGGCUGGACAACCUCUCAGACGACUGGGUACCUGUGCCUGUGCCUGGGACCCCAACCAGCCCUGUGCCCUCUCGAUCCGUCACUCAUUCCCGCCAGUCCAGCUUACAGCUACAGGACUCUCCUAGUCGCAUUCCAGUUCCCGCGCGUCGUUCCGUCGGUCCAUCGCCGUCGCCUGCCGAUAAUAAAAAGAAAGUUUCCCGGCCUUGUCAUUUCGUCAAAAGGGAGCCGCCUAAGCCGAAAACCCCUCGUCUCCCCAAAACCCCGUCCAAGCUGAGAACCCCCGUUCCGGACAAGUCGAAGAAGAGCCCACGACCGGACCCGCCAUCUCGGCGUAAACAACAGCGCGCGAUGGAUACGAGAUCACCUUUGCGGUCGGUGUCGAAUGCUUCCGGUCAGUCUGUACAACAAAGCACCGUUCAAGUGAGACCGAAAAAGGCCAAAGGUACCGAGGGAACACCCGAAUGGCGAAGGAGACUGGUUCAAGGAGAUAUACCCUCGGGCGAGCAGCGCGAUCUUUUCGCCCCCAUUGGACUCGAGAGCGUAUUCAAACCGCCUACCCCAGGAACCGAGAAAACCCAAGACGAGGCCAUCUCCAGGCUAAAACAAUCGGAUAGCAUCUGGAACUUCACCACAUCCCCCAAAUUACGCGACGAUGUUUACUCAAAGGACUCACCGGGUGACGGUCGACAUGGUGUCGGCGAAGGUGCUGGCUAUUCCUCUCCCAAAAGUCCGCGAUCGCCGGCCAAAUCGCCACGACUUGGCCAAGUGGAACCUAAGACGGGCCAAGGGAGUCUACAAGGAUCACACAACGGAAUGCUGGAAGUAAAGAAGGAACCUAUAGAGCCAGCGCUGAAUCAGGCCGACGGCCACGAUGAUUCCUGGAACGGCACGCAGUUGAGAACCGCGAGUGGCCUGGAGGACCUGCGAAAUGAAGAUAUAACCCCCAUUACCUUCUCGCAGCCGAACACAAUGGAUGGCAACGCUGCUUCGGAAGUGAUUAGGUCGGCGUUGAAAAGGGUGACAAACAAACUCGAGAGACUACAAUUGCCACCAUACGAACGGCCUGACUCAAGAUUAAGCGAUAGCCUUUUGUUAAAUCAACCGUCGGAGCUCCCCGCGGAGCCGCUACCGGAGGACGAUUUACUUGAUGUCACGAGCCAUUCCUUGCCCAAAGAUCUUUCCAUGGGAACGCUGGAUUUCCGUGGACGAGGAGCCUUUGCGAACUUGCGACGUGACGACUACCUGAACGAUGGCUCUUUUCAGAAGCUACACCUUUCGCCGCCACCCUUUCCCUCCGAACGAUUGUCGCCGUUCCUUCCUGCCAACCAGAGAAUCCGGAGCUCACCACCUUUCUACCAGAAGGCCAACCCAGUGACCGAGCCUCCGACGCUCCCUAGACCAUCAUCGGCUCAUGUUGGAGCGCGACGCGGGGCCGAUAAAGUCGAAGUCAUGCCAUCUUCCGGGAGUCCCCUGAAACUGUUCGGCAAUCAUGACACCUUCACAAACAACAGGCUCAUGCGACGGAUGAGCCAAUUCGAAGAGACCUUCGGCGGCUUUUCUGAGGAUGACGAACCUGUGUCCCCGUCGGAGGAGGCCCGGCGUAAGGGCGAGUCGAGGAGUUUCAUGAGCGCAAAACAAGACACGCUAGGGGAGCCCACGAGAAGGCACGAUCGGCCGCGGUCUCGGAACACGGCGAACCCUCGUAUCAAUCGAUUCGGUGACGGGGAGUUGGACCAUUUCGACUUCUCCGAUACAAGCCCUUAUGAACCGAAGCUUCUCAACAAUGAAGCUCUAGAUCCCCAUCAACGCUCUCCUUCGCAGCGACUUUCUGUCGAACGGCGGUAUCUCCGGCGUCGCUCGUAUAGAAAUCAAAGUUAUAGUACGGAACCAAACAGAUCUACGAAGAACUCCAACUCCGCGGGGAUACUAGACACGGCCUCAAGCACCAAUGUCACCGGGAAUCGGGGGCUGAGAGGCGUAGAAGAAUUCUUCCAGUCGGAAUCAGGAUCUAGGCCGAACUCCCCGGCCAAAGAUCCCAACCCGAAAAGGCGCAGAACAAUCCUCAAGUCACACAGUCUGAUGCAGGAAGAUGUUGGUUCGGGGAAAAUCCCUAGCCAGGCCCCUGAUAACCUGUCGUUAUUGCAAAGGAGUUUGAUGCAACACGGUGUGGCCUAUGAAGGCAACGAUCCUUUGCUGCGUUCGCAAUCCACGCACCGACCGAACACUCCAACGCCAAGCCAGAUACGGUCGCUCUCGAGAAAGAGGCCAUCGUCAAGCCGAAAUUACUCGCGUGCUGGGUAUGACGACCAUGGCGAUCAGAACUCCCCGCCGGAGAACGCGAUCCCCGUCGUCAGAGUUAAUGGUGUUAAUACGGAAACCCGCAAAGGGUCAAUCACGACUCAGGAUUUCCUUAACGAGGCCACCAAAAUCAUGGAUAUUAUCCGGUCAAAGGGCAGGUCUGCGGGCGGUCUCUCUAGUGUAGAGGAAUCAGAUGCGGAAAACCAGGACGAGAGUGGAAGCUACGAAGAUGAAUCCACACGCGAAGAGUUCUCGCGUCCCCCGAGCCGGGAGGGGGUGGAUAUCCGGAAAUUAAGGGAGCCCACGGAGCCAAACCCUCGCAUACUAAGUCACUUAAAGAAAUUUCAGGAGGAUGAUGACCAAGAAUUUGAUGUGAACGCAUCUGUUAUGUCUUUGAACCUCGACCAAGAUGAAAGCCGCUCCGAAGAUAACCAUUCAAUCUGGGACGGAGAUGUAUUGAACGAGAUGGACGAUGGGGCCGACGCAAACGCUCAGAGCGUUGACUCUGUGCAGCAUAUGCGUAAAAUGUCUGGCCCGUCAGAUGAUGGUGAAGAAGACGACCUUCCUGAUCUUCUUACUAUAAACACGCAUGUCUCCGCCAAAAGCCUCAGCGCACGUUCCAUUCCCACGGGCUCUUCACAAAGCUCUCAUGCCAAAGGUGUCCUGUCUUCAGAUAUUGUGUCUCACCUUAUUCCUGAGCAGGUGAAUGGUCUGACGUACGAUCGUUACCGGAACCAGUGGGUUAAAGAAAAGCCCAGACAAUCUCCGGGUAAGCUGAAAGGCGAAGAUAGUGAGGACGAUCCAUUCAAGGAUAUCCCAGAUCUCAGUGUGGAUGAACUCCAAGAGAUGAUGAGGAUGCAGAGCUCCCUCUCCCCAGAACGGGUAAAGGGUUCUUCUGUCCGAGGCGAAGACAACGCGCGCCAAAGCUCAUCCAGUCCACAUAAGUCCUUCAGCCCAUCGGAGGAACCCCCGCAGACCAAAGAAGGCGACCCCUCGGUCAAUUUCAGCUCGCUCCAGUCGAAAGCUACACCCUUUACGUCUAGGUUCUCCAACUCGGAAACCAGGGCGACGUCUUGGGAGACCGAUGUUCGUAAGACAAGCAAGUCAACUAGCGAGGUCGAGCAUGAGAUUCAGCUCCAUGAGGGUUGUUUGUCAAAACCGUCACGGCGUCAUCAGGAACAUCGCCAACAAGCUCGAGUCGUGACUAUCAGCUUCUCGUCGCCACUUGUCUCACAAAUUGCAUACGAUGAAGAUGAAAGCCCCACAAAGCUCCGACACAAGCUCGGGGACCCCCCGCCUAAGCAUGAUCCUGCUAUCGCUGAAGAGGGAGCAAGUGUGAAUGAAAGUGGUGGCAACUCCGCUGAUGCCCUGAGUCUGGUUCGCAGGGGCUCUGGAUCCGUGGCGUCUACGCCGGACAAGAACAAUGGCAAUAAUUCACUGAUCUGUCUCCAAAACUUCGGUCUAGACACAACAUACAGCUUUCAUCUAAGUCCUCUGCCCGAUUUCACUGUCCACCAAAUUGAUCAACCGCUAAAUCUGGAAAUGAGCUACGUGGCUCAACGUACUCACCCGACUUCGCUGCGCCAGGUUCAUGGGACAUUUGCCCUGGCCACUGAGGAUCUGGUCAAGCAUAUUACUGAAGCUGAACCGUUUGAGCCUCACUGGGAACAUGUGCGGCGGCUAGUCUUGCGGCACAAGGGGCUUAUUACGCUCCACAAGCUUUCCGAUUUUUGCCCUCGUCUGGAAGAUCUGGACGUGACCGGCAACGAUAUUGGCCAGUUGAGUGGUGUGCCUCCAAGCCUGAGAACGCUUAAUAUCCAGGACAACUGCCUGUCGAAUCUCACAGCAUGGGGUCACUUGAGCAACUUGCAGUACCUGGACGUGUCGGGUAACGAACUCGAAAGUCUGGAUGCAUUUAGCAGCCUAAUACAUCUCAGAGAGCUGAAAGCCAACGAUAACCACAUUAGUAAUAUCGAGGGCAUAUUCGACUUGAACGGACUACUGAGCUUGCAGCUGAGGAAUAAUGGCUUGACCACAGUCGACUUCAGUAGGGCAGACUUGACUCGCCUACAUGAUCUGGACCUAAGCCAUAACCAGCUUAAUUCGAUAACCAGCUUUGGCUCUCUCCCCUUUCUUUCAGCGCUCAAUCUCAGCUAUAAUCGGCUCACCGAACUCGAAAUCACCACGCCCCUACCUAGUUUACAGUCCUUGAAACUCUCAAACAACGUCUUGCGCACGCUCGACAUUGGAGCUUUUCCAUCCCUAAACCUCCUUUACGUGGACCAGAACUGUUUGAGCAGUGUUUCUGGGCUUGAGCAGUGCCGUUAUCUAGAAGUCUUCUCUGCUCGGGAACAAAUGAGCGAUGAUGUUAACCGUGGCUUUUUCGAUGUGGAUUUGGGCCUAGUGAAAGACCUUCGGAAGGUCUUCCUCUCAUGCAACAAACUUUCUCUUCAAAGCCUAUCGCCCUCCACCCCCCUUCUGAGCUUGCAACUCCUGGAUAUCGCGUCCUGCAGUCUGCAGGGGCUUCCUAAUGACUUUGCCUCGAGCUUUCCCAAUGUGGUGGUCCUCAAUCUGAACUUCAACUCCCUGACAGGUGUUAAUGAACUGGCGGGCAUGAAAUGUCUCUCUCGACUGACAGCCGCCGGAAACAAUCUUACGAGACUGAGGCGUCUUUGCCAGGUUCUGAGCCAUAUCGGGAGGACAAGUAAAGGGAAGGCCUGCUCUCUGCAAAAGGUCGACAUUCGGAGCAACCCUCUCACGGUCAGGUUCUACCCGCCUGUCAUUCGAAAUGGUAAAGAGAACGUCAAAAAGCUGAAGAUGAAGGAGGAACUAGGCUACCAACACCAUGUUGGCCUCGAUAUCCCCUCUGCGCUGGCCGAGUUUGGGCGCAGUGGGGAAAUGACACAUCUAGACGCUGUAGGCGAGGACGACAUGCCCAGUCCUGCCAAGGAGAUUGAAGUGAACGAUCCUUACACUCUUCCACUCGCCGAUCCUUUGGCUGAUCAGAGAUACUUAAUUCACAUGGAUGAGUCAACGCGACUCCGCCGGCGUAUUUUCGAGCUCAUGCUAUAUGCAGGAACCGGGGGUUCCAUUCGCCUCCUGGACGGCUUGGAAUUGAGGCCCUCUGUACACGACGGCUCCGACAUGGACCGAGCUUGGGCAAAACUUGAGAAACUCGGCGUGCUCAAGAAAAAAGCAAUUACCGCAUAG